AGCGUUUCAUUUUCAUACAUGUGACCACAAAACAUGAUCUGAUAGAAGCAUGCACACCUUGCACCGAAAUACACAUUUUCAAGAUAUUGAUGCUGUACAUCUGGACUUCACGUAGUAAAAUCUUUUUCAACUUUUAAAGCCCGGAGGCAAACAAUAAAGAGAUUAUAUUUAACGGAAACAACCGACUAAAUGCAUGCUCUUUGAUAAACCUAAUGCAUUGGCGAAACAGGAUACUGCAUCCGUUCACAAUUAUCACAGCUCGAGUAAAUGAAAUUUAUACGUGUUACAGGCUACAAUUAUUAAGGUUCGUAGGCCUGAUAGUAUGUGGUUCAUGAAAGAAGGAAUUUCAUAUUUGUGAGAAAAUGUGCGGUUAUUGAUAUGUUCUGAUCACUUUUACACACAUUGUAUGAAACUGUGACAACUUUAAUUAAUCAAUCUGUUGAAAAGGAUUUUUUUUGUAAUUGUAUUGUAAAACUUCUAUUCCGCGUAGACGAUGUAUAGUUACCUCAUCAAGAGCAGGAUGGCGAUAUGUGUGUUUGUUUGGCUAUCCAAAGAUUCUAGCGCUGAUGUUUGCUCCAGGGCAGAGACUUGGUUUCAGUCCACCUUUCCGAGUACCGGAGAGUUCAACAAAGAAGAUGGCAUAUCUCAAGAUUGUUACUCAUCCCACCGUUCGUGUACGGAGAGUUUCUUACAAAGCAUAUACGGUUCAAAUAUGACGUCGGACGAGUGGGACACACCAAAGGCCGAAAAAUUCACCCUAACUGCGCGUUGUGAGAACGGCAAUGUCAUCGAUGUCGGGUGGGAACUGCCGAAAAACUCCGGUGCGAAAGAUAUCAAAGGCUACAUAGUGAGAGUCGCAAUGCCAUAUCACCACUUCAGAUGUGUGGUCAUUCUGCUGAAUGAGAUGGUGCGGAGCAGCUAUCUCAAUUCUACAUUCCUGGGCUCUUUCCGAGCGCUUAGCGAUCAUGAAGAAUACAGGGUGACGCUUAGAACCCUUCCCUCCUACAAUGGUACACUCAACCUGCAAUUCCAAGACAUAAACACGUUGAACUGUGACGAGCCCAAGUGUCCCCCACAGGAGGGUGUGGUGAGCGAGUAUAACCAUGGCAAUAGGACCCUCUUUAUCAGCUUCCAACCUGGAGAGCCUGGAAAUAUAGCUUACACAAUGCUGUUCCGAAGUUCCAUUGGUCAGCACUUUCGUAUGGAUUUAGGGACGGCUACAAAUGGCACCCUGGAUGGAGUCGAACCAGGAAAUUACAAUUUAUCGAUCCACUGUGGGAUGCUUUGUCCGGGAUGCAGUUACAACAUAACAGCACCGGAAGCAUCUUCCGUUACUACUACAACGACCUUUGUUGGCACGGACAAUAGGACAAAAGAUUCAACAACCGUGUCAGAAGUGAGUCUGCCAAAUAGUGCUGAAAAUAACAAAGGGAUGAGUAGUCUUCUUGUGGUCAUCUGUGUGUCAGCCGUUGUUGCUUUAGGAGUCCUCAUUGCAGUCUCGUAUGCAUGUUAUCGUCGGAAGAGAGCUACGCCUGCAUUCGGUGAUGAAGACAAGAACUACCUCAUCAUCGUGGAGAAGUCUGAACCUCCCAGUGCAAAGCCAUUGAUGGACCUGCUCAAUGCGCAGUUUCAUCCAGUUAUAAACGUCAUCCACAUUGUUGGGAAAGAACCGUUAAAGCAGCUGAUUGGUGGAUUAACCCAUAGAGGCCAUGCAUGUGCAUGUUUCCCAAGAGGUUGCAAGCAACCAGUUUUGCAUUGCAAGAAAACAAACGUUUUAGUAUGUGUUUUAAUUGAUGGAAGAUUACUUUCGUUCUUCGAUCAGGUUUGCACGAUAUGCCAAGACGCUCACUCAGAGAACAGUUGUUUGAAAUUUAAGACAGUAGCUGUACACAGUGGUCGUUUUGAGGGACCUCGAAAUAUUGACAGUUAUCAGUUUGGUACAGAUCAUAGCAAACUGGUAGAAACAAUCGCCAAAUAUUUUGACGUGGACUUAAACAAAACUUUAAAUUGCGAAACAUCAUUCUUACAAUUGCCACCAGAACAUUCGAGCGUUCGAAACGGGGAAAGGAAGAAAUAUAGUGUGUUUUCAAACACUUCAUCCAGUGGCUACAGCGAUGCUAGUAGUGCGGUGUUAAUGUAUCGGCAAACGAGUCAAACGACGCAAUUAUCUCUGAAUUCCACCCCAAAAAGUGCUACGCCAAGCAAUAUAUUCAUAUUACAACCUGGUGAGCUAUACCCCCAAAAGAACUUACCAAUAUCCAGACAGAGAUCACUAUGUGAUGCGAGCGUGUAUUAUAAUAAAGACAAUCCGGAGGCGUUUGAUUUCAUCCCCCCAGACGAUACGAUUUCGUUUGAGUCCAACUUCGACGAGGACGACGAGGACAAUGCAGAGAAGAAGGAUAACGCAGAGAAUCAUAUGUUUAAGGAUUACCCCGCUAACAAUGCAUCAUGUGUUGACCCAAGUAGAAUAGGACACAUCAUGAAUAAGAUGGUCGCAUUGGAUGCAAGAUGUUCAUUUAUAUGAACGUAUAAGCACGAUUGAUGUAAAGAAAUCUAGAACUAUAUAUAUACGAUUGACGUUAAGAAAUCCAGUACUAUAUAUACACGAGUGACGUAAAGAAAUCCAGUACAAUAUAUAAACGAUUGACGUAAAGAAAUCCAGUACUUAAAUAUAUAUUUAGUAUAUGUCAUGCAAGUCGUUUUAACGACAUUCGUAAGUCGUUUAAUCGAGAUAUUGAGUGGUUUUAAAUGAGUUUUACAGUCGUUUUAGCGAGUUACGAAAACGUUUAAACGCCAUACGUAAUUCGUUUAAAAAAAAAGAAAGGUCCACCGUAGAAUUGCCGAUUUUUACCCUUAUUAUUUUCUUACAAGAGUAACUUGUGUAUGUGCGCCUUUUUCUUAACAUGUAAACAAGGUGUGUUUUAUAAAAAAAAAUAAUAUCAUUGUUAUGACGAUUAAGCAUACUAGUAUUCAUAAUAGUUACAACAGUUCCGUCGAGAAAGCAUAUCUAUAAUAUAUACCAUUGUUCUGGCGAUAAAGGAUAUCUAUGAUAUAUACCAUUGUUCUGGCGAUAAAGCAUAUCUAUAAUAUACACCAUUGUUCUGGCGAUAAAGCAUAUCUAUAAAUACACACCAUUGUUCUGGCGAUAAAGCAUAUCUAUGAUAUACAUGUAUACCAUUGUUAUGACAACAAAACAUAUCUAUAAUAUACACCAUUGUUCUGGCGAUAAAGCAUAUCUAUGAUAUACAUGUAUACCAUUGUUAUGACAACAAAACAUAUCUAUAAUAUACACCAUUGUUCUGGCGAU